UCCAUAUUUCCUUAUUAAUUGAAUCUGAUUUAAUGUAACGUUUUAUUGGGAGAAUUGUAUUAUAUUCUUUAAAGUGUUCAUUCAAUUUAUUUAGAAUUUUUUUCUCUCGCGAACUUUUCAUUAUUUUUGCAUUGGUAUUAUUGCCGCGGUUUUCGCGCCACGUAUCGGAAUUAUCAGGAACUAUGAUGUCGAUAUUGCCGGUAAAAUCAAAUGUUAUUAAAGAGAGCUCAAGUAGGUAACGUAAAGUUGCUGGUACAUUUAAAUCGUUUCUUUAUUGUUAAAUAGUCUGAUAUCUUUGAAAUUAAGCGAUCUGUAUCAAUUACCCGAACCAAAACUUUGUAUUAUGUCUGGAGCACAAUCGAUGUCAGCCGGCAUUUUCAUUAUAUCGUUUGAUGUGUGCGUUGUGCCGAACAUAACCUGUACUUUCAUACGUUGACGAAACUACAUAGUGUAAACAUACGUUGCAAAGAUCAUAAUAUUUUGACAAUUGGCUAAGGUGUCGGAAAAAUACUUUAGGCCACAAUAUAAGAGCCGAACAACUCUAGAUCGAUCAACCAACUAACCAAGGAAUAUAACCUGUAUUUUAUGUAAAUUAACGCAAUAUUCUGAAUCCGAAAGUCGUCACGACAAAAUCUUCCAUCAAGAUUUUGUCUUUACAUUGAUCGUUCAUAAUUCGCUAAACAUUAGAUAUAAUCGUAAGAUGUUAUCUGAAGUACUCUACAAUCAAAUGCAACUGAACGUAUACCAGAAAGAUGUACUUAAGACAUGGAUGUAUGUUAAUAAUGGACGGAUGAACAUGAAAUAUGGAUUCACGACACUCAAAAUCUAAACAUGAAAGGGAGGUGGACCGUAGUAGAUAUGACGAGUACAAGUACUCGCGCAAAAGAAAAAGAUCGCAUUCGGACCGAUAUCGAGAGGAUGAUUUGCAUUUACCAUCGACAGAAAGACGUUCUCGAUACGAUGAAACUAAAUUUGACAAUGAUUCAUUGGAACACAGGGAUGCGAAAUCUAACUAUUCAAGUUUUGAUGAUGUAGAGUUCUCUUUUGAAAAAUAUAAAUACGAGCUAAACAAAGUUUUCUCCGCAAAUCCAAAUCUAGUUCAAGAUACGGAAGACUUUUGGAAGUUUCUAAGGAUGUAUGAAUCAAUGCAGAAGAAACUUGGGAAAAUUAGUAACCCAGUUCCAGAUUCAGGAGCUCUUAAUUCUCUGGGUGUACCACAAACGUAUCAUAAGUCAUUUUGUAUUAACGUCAAAAUCAGUUUGAGUUUUGGAGAAUUGUUUGCGCGUGUUCCACAGAUAAAAGAAUUGUCAGAGAAAGUAUUAUUGAAAUUCCGGGAAAUUAUUAUCUCGUAUUAUGAUUUCAAGCAGAAAGAAAAAUUCACGAAACUCAAAAAACUGAGGGAGGCGCAAGCCACUUUACCAGUAGCUCAAUAUCGAGAUGAGAUUAUUGAAACUGUAAAAAGGGAAAGAGUAGUUAUAAUAGCUGGAGAUACAGGCUGUGGGAAGUCUACACAAGUGCCCCAAUACUUGCAUGCUGCUGGAUUUGAAAAAAUUGCAUGUACGCAACCACGCAGAAUUGCAUGCAUCUCAUUGGCUAAACGUGUAGCUUUCGAGACCCUCACAGAGAAUUGCAACGAGAUUGGCUAUCAGAUUCGUUUUGAGAAACAACGAAAUCAGGACACCAAAAUUACGUUCAUAACAGAAGGACUCUUAUUGAGACAAGUAUCUGGAGAAUCAGGAUUAUCUCAGUAUGACGUAAUCGUUUUAGAUGAGGUACACGAGCGACACUUGUAUGGUGACUUUUUGUUGGGUAUUAUGAAAUGCCUCUUGUAUCAACGUCCUGAUCUGAAAUUAGUGCUUAUGUCUGCUACUAUUAAUAUACAGUUAUUUAGCAGCUAUUUUGCUAAAGAAAAUGCAAAGGUGAUACAAGUUCCUGGACGCUUGUAUCCUAUACAACUUUUAUACAGACCUAUUACAAUCGAAGAUGUACGAUACAAAUCCGAAAGGUUCAAUCCUAGUCCUUACGUGCAAAUUAUGCAAAUGAUUGACCAAAAAUAUUCCAGUGAAGAGAAAGGAGACUUACUGAUUUUUUUGAGUGGUAUGACUGAAAUUACAGCAGUUGUAGACGCUGCUAAAGAAUAUAGCCAGAAAAAAAGUAAUUGGAUUGUGUUACCAUUGCACAGCACACUUUCAAUAGCCGAACAAGAUAAAGUGUUCGACUAUGCACCCGAUGGUGUACGUAAAUGCAUAGUAUCUACAAAUAUUGCCGAAACUUCUAUUACCAUUGAUGGUAUCAGAUUCGUCGCUGAUAGUGGAAAGGUAAAAGAAAUGAGUUACGAUCCUUCGUGUAAGAUGCAGCGACUCAAAGAAUUUUGGAUUAGCAAAGCCAGUGCAGAACAGAGAAAAGGUAGAGCGGGAAGAACAGGUCCUGGAGUUUGUUACAGAAUUUAUUCAGAAGAAGAGUAUAUGGCUUUGGAGAAAUAUUCAACGCCAGAGUUACAGCGAGUACCACUAGAUUCCUUGUUACUACAAAUGAUGGCAAUGGGACUUCCAGAUUCCCGAAAAUUUCCAUUUAUAGAACCACCUCCUUCUGAAAGCAUAGAAAAUUCCAUACUUUCUUUAAAAGAACACGGAGCUUUAACGGACAAUGAAAAGUUGACAUGCAUUGGAAAAACAUUAGCAAAGCUGCCUGUAGACAUAACUAUUGGGAAGAUGUUGAUAAUGGGAUCCAUCUUUCACCAAGUCGAACCAGUAUUGUCUUUAGCCGCAGCUUUGAGUAUUCAGACUCCCUUCACCAAUAGAGCUUACAGAGAUUCGGAGUGUGAGACUUCCAGAAAAAAACUUGAAUCGGACCAUGGAGAUCCUAUUACUCUCCUUAAUGCAUACAAAGAAUGGUUAGAAGUAAAGCAAGAACGUAACCGUGAAGCAAGAGGUAGCGGAAGUAAUAGUAGAAAAUGGUGCAGAAGAAGAGGUUUAGAAGAGCAACGAUUUUAUGAAAUGACGAAAUUAAGAACACAGUUUAAGGACUUACUUCAAGACGGUGGCUUACUGAAAAAUCUUUCCGAACCAAGUUCAUCUAUGAGUAGUACGGAACGGGCAAUGAGGCAUGGAGAAUUGAAGUUACUAAAAUCUCUUAAAAGAACCUACAGACAAACCGCGCCAAGGAAACGCAAAGAGUUAAAGCUCGAUCUGUUCGAUAUACAAAUUGACGAUAAUGAUAACAACGAUGGAGAGAUUGAUAUCAAAGACGUGGAAUUUAGAAUGAGAAACGAUGCCUCGCAAGUACAGAAUUUACUGACAGCAGCUACUGCGUGUAGUUACAAAGACUUAACAAUGUUGAAGUUAAUCCUGUGCAGUGGUUUGUACCCACAAUUCGCAAUUGCUGAUGAGUUCAAUUAUUGCAAAUCCAUAAGCGAACAGCUGUUUCAUACAAAAGCUAAGCCAUACGUUGCACUGCAUCCAAUGAGCUUCUUUGGAAAUCAUCCGCAGACUCUACGAUUGGAGGAACCAGAUGUCGUAACAAUCCCUGGUUUCAAAUCAAAGACGCCAGUCAGUCCGAAACAUCAGUUGCUAGCAUAUUUAUCAUUGCUGGAAACAACGAAGCCAUACUUAGUGAACACACUUAGAAUGCCAGCAGCCCAGACAUUGCUGUUGUUUGCUCAUGAAAUUGAUACCAAUGCUACGUUAUCCAUGAUGAUAUGUGACUCGUGGUUAUCAAUAGAAUUCCCAGUACCUGAUAGCGGGCAGACAUUACUGUUAAGGGCUGAUAAGCUUCGACAAAAAUGGGACUUUUUAUUAAAUCAGCGAUUGCAAGAAAUGACAUCAACUACUGAAUCAAGAGAGGAUUCAAGCAAACUCGAGUACGAGCUGAAUCAUGACUUGAUCGAUUUUACGCAUACCACUAUUCCAUACAUAAUAAGACGACUUUUGGUAGCAGAUCUUAAAACAAUAUAUGUCGGUCGCGGGGAGAAUAAUAUACCCGUGAGUCCUAAUCCUUUUCAGGAAGAUUUUCAGUGUAUCCCUCACGAAGUAAAAGGUGGCGUUAGAUUGACAAGUAACAUCACAUAUAAUUGUUUGAUAGAGACCGAAUGGAGCGAUAAAUUGGCAGUAGAGAUGAUGGAGACGGAAUGGAAUUGCCCGAAAUGUGACAUUCGGGCUACGUUAACUAGCAUAGAAAAAUUACAACAUCAGGCGACUUGUGUAAAACCAACAUCGGAGACAAUGGACACCAAAACCGAGAGUUCCGCCAAGAAGAAAUCUAAUCACCAAGCUUAUGAGUGUCCCGAUUGCAAAGAAACCCUGUAUCUAAAACCGAUAGAAAUACUGAAGCACAAAAAGCAACAUCUAAAGAAUUGUGAAUAGGAUCAUCUCGUAUUCGUUAUAAAUAUUAUUAAUAUGCAAUCAAAGAAUAUACCAAGGAGUAUCAGUAUUUGAACUGCAUUAUACAAUUAAAAAUGCUAAGUUAAGUUUACACACUUUGUAAAGGCAAUGUACACUUCUUAACUGUAUAUAGCGAUCACUAAACAGGGAGAUCUUUCUAUUCCA